AUGUCAUCUCCGAACGAAGAUCGUCGAGAGAUAGCAAGCACAGAUGAACCGAUCCAAGACCUAUUUCUCAUUAGUGAAGAUUACAUUAUUAAUCCCCAUGAGCAUAAACUUAACACCUUUCACACUAUUUCAUUGAUUGUUAACAGAAUUAUAGGAACCGGCAUUUUCAGUACACCAGCUUUAAUAUUUACACUCUCACAGCAAUCGAUUGGUAUAUCUUUAAUUCUGUGGGUACUUGGAGGCAUAUUUACGUUCGCCGGCUUGAGCGUAUAUUUAGAGUUCGGAUUAAAAAUACCCAAGUCUGGGGGUGAAAAGAACUAUUUGAGCAGGACUCUACCGAAACCCAAACAUCUAAUUGAGUGCAUUUAUGCUUUCACAAUCGUGUUGUUGGGUUUUAGUUCUGGAAACUCGUAUGCCUUUGGUAAAUACAUCAUAUAUGUCCUAGGAUUCAAUUCAAGCCUGUCUGAAACAGUCAUUGAUAAAGCAUCCAGAUAUAUCGGUUCUUUGGUUAUAAUAAGCUGUACCUUAUGGCAUAUCUUUUUUCCUACCGGAGCGAAAAGAGUGAUUCUAUAUCUAGGGUUGGUAAAAGUUCUAAUACUUGGAGUCAUCGUAUUUUUGGGAUCAAUAGCUAUAAUUGCUCCAAAUCUUAUUGAGCCACAUUGGGAUAACUUUCACAACAGUUUCAGCAAUGGCUCCCAACCUCUCGAUUGGUAUUCCAUUUCAGUCGCUUUAUUGCAGGUCAUUUAUUCGUUCAAAGGUUGGGAGAACGCGAAUUACGUCUUGGAAGAAUUAGAAGACCCGCGCAGGACCCUUAUGAUUGCAGCACCAGUAUCUGUUGGUUUAACUACAUUUUUAUACAUCGCAAUUGUCUUUUCAUAUUACGUUGUGAUACCCAAAGCUGAAAUUUCUGAUACGGGCAUAUUAAUCAGUGGAGUCUUCUUCGAAAGAAUUUUUGAAAGGUACUCUAAAUCGUUGGCAAUGCAGAUAGUGUCCCGUGUCUUACCGUUUUGCAUUAUUCUCUCCAACUAUGGUAAUGUCAUGGCAGUUAGUUUCUCAAAUGCUAGAGUAAAUCAAGAACUUGCAAAAGAAGGUAUAUUCCCUUUGACGCAUCUGUUCAGUAAGUUAAACUAUGCUUUGUUUUUACACUGCUUCAUUACCAUUGUCGUACUACUUCUGCCACCAAACGGCAAUAUCUACCAGUUAAUCAUCGAUCUUUAUGCAUAUCCAAGCGGUUGGUUUAAUUUAAUCAUUGGAAUCGGGUUAAUAUAUAUCCACUGGACAAAUGAUGGUGGUUGGAACGAUAUUUAUACGCCAUGGUCAAGUUGGUACCUAGUCACGGUUAUAUUCAUUAUAUCCAACCUUUUCCUAGCUGUCAUUCCGUUUGUUCCUCCUAAUGGCAGUGUAGAAAAUGAUGGUUAUUCAUAUUGGGUAUUCCCAGUGACAGGAAUAUCAAUUAUGGGUGUAGGGGCAUUAUAUUGGUUACUUGUAGUGAGAAAAAGUUAUUCUAGGUACAGCUCAGCAACACAUAAUAAUGAAGUUGAUGAUUACACCGUCAGAUGA